AUGCUGCCUGUUAAAAAACUGGCUUCCAUUAGUGCCAGUAGCCGCCGUAUAUGGUGUGUCGCAUGGUCCCAUAAGGGCGACAUUCUAGGAUCUUGCGGAGAAGAUAAGUCAAUUACCUUGUGGACUGCUGCCGCUGAUGGUAUUUGGGACCGCAGUUUGGUUCUACCCAAUAGCCACACUCGAGCUGUGCGUCGACUGGCUUGGUCUCCUUGUGAUCGGUACUUAACGUCCGCUAGUUUCGAUACAACCAUAAUCGUCUGGAAAAUUUUGAGGACCGAAAAUGAUAUUGAGGCGGAAGCUUUGGCUACCCUAGAAGGACACACUAGUGAAGUCAAAUGUAUUGCCUGGUCACCAUCGGGACGCUUGUUGGCCUCGUGCGGUCGAGACAAGAGUGUCUGGCUUUGGGAGUUUGAUGAGGAAGAAGAUGUACAAUGCAUCAGCGUGCUGCAACCUCACACUCAGGAUGUGAAGUGCGUCUCUUGGCAUCCAUUCGAUGAAGAGGACAAGAAAUUGUUGGAUGUUGGAGCGAAUUACGUCGUCACAGUGGAUGAAUUGAUUAGCACUAAAGCAUCCACUGAUAUCACACUUUUACGCUUUUUAACCGAUUUGUAA